CCGUCAGUGACAGGUCUCUCUUUCGGGGCGUCUGACUCGCGGCUAAAUUCUUCAAGAUGGCGACUAAGCUCGGUGUUGAGAAGGCUGGCGUGGAGGCGGAGGCUCCUCAGGUGCACCGUAUCCGCAUCACCCUCACCUCGAAGAACGUCAAGAACCUGGAGAAGGUAUGCGCUGACUUGAUCAAGGGUGCCAAGGAGAAACAGCUCAAGGUGAAGGGCCCUGUGCGCAUGCCGACCAAGGUGCUGCGCAUUACCACGCGCAAGGCGCCCUCUGGUCAGGGUACCAACACCUUCGACAGCUUUGAGAUGAGGAUUCACAAGCGCCUCAUCGACCUGCACUCGCCCGCCGACGUGGUCAAGCAGAUCACUUCGAUUAGCAUUGAGCCCGGCGUGGAGGUUGAGGUCACCAUCGCUGACAUGUAAAGCUUGGAUUUAUGCCGCGUACCCUUCCGGUCCAUUGUAACGCUUCGGAGAGGAAUGC